GUGGCGGCAGCAGCAGCAGCAGCAGCAGCAGCGCCCGCCUCGUCUCUAGAGGAGGAGGAGCUGCAGUUGCCGCCGCCUUUUGCACAGAGAGAGAGAGAGAGAGAGCGCUAGCCUUUCGUUAUCGAGGUGAGCAAAACACCCAGUUUUCAACAUGACUGCCAAAAGGGCUCUUGUGAUCUUGGCCAAAGGAGCUGAAGAGAUGGAAACCGUCAUCCCCACAGACAUCAUGAGGAGGGCAGGUAUCUCUGUGACUGUAGCCGGCCUGACUGGAAAAGAGCCUGUGCAGUGCAGCCGAGAUGUCUUAAUUUGUCCCGACAAGAGUUUGGAAGAUGCCCGGAAGGAGGGACCCUAUGAUGUGGUGGUCUUGCCAGGAGGGAACCUGGGAGCUCAGAACUUGUCAGAGUCGCCUGCUGUGAAGGAUGUACUGAAAGACCAAGAUGGCAGGAAAGGGCUGAUUGCUGCCAUCUGUGCAGGACCCACGGCUCUGCUGGCACAUGGCAUCGGAUACGGAUGCAAAGUGACAACCCAUCCCUUGGCCAAAGACAAGAUGAUGAGCGGAGACCACUACAAAUACUCUGAGAGCCGCGUGGAAAAAGAUGGGCACAUCCUCACCAGUCGGGGACCCGGCACCAGUUUCGAGUUUGGCCUUGUGAUUGUGGAAACGCUGCUGGGGAAAGAGGUGGCCGCUCAGGUGAAGGCCCCCCUUGUCCUGAAAGACUAGGGCAGUGCCUUGCUGAAAGAGGAGAAAGCCUUGCGGCAGAAAGCCUUUUUUCCCUUUUAUAGCAAUAGCAACACACACUCUCACACAGGUCAGGCAGCCCCCUUAAGCGCAGCAGCAGCAGCAGCAGCAGCAGCAGAGAUGAUAGUUGCACUUAAGCCUGGAAACUUGAAGCAGCCUGGAGGGGAAGGUGCUGCUGUCCAAGUCCCUUUUGUGUUUUCCGAGACCCACUUGCUUUCAAUAAAAGAGGAACUCUGUUGAA